CUUGCGCAGAAUUCAGCCUUGUGGAGGCUGAGUGCAGAAGACAUCCUGCGAUGCCAGCAAGGCAACCCUCUUUUAUUCUUUCUCAACAUAUGUCUUCUCAGCCUACUUUCUCUUGUGUUUAGCAUCACCAUGAGCUUUGGCUUUAGCGUUGGCGACUUCGUCGCUGUCCUUCAGCUUGCAAACGACGUCCGGAAGCAGUUCGUUGAUGCUCCGAGCCAAUUCAAGGCAAUCUCCGAAGAGGUCAAGAGUCUUUCAAUUGUGCUUCAAGAUAUCGACGACAUUUUACCUGCACGUGACCUGACAAGCCACCAGCAAACGGAGCUAGGCAAUAUCGUCAAGCAUUGCGAGAGUGUACUUGAAGAGCUCAAUAAAAUAGUGAUCAACUUCAAAGAACUAGAUCCUAUCGCAAAAAGCUUAGAUAAAAAGCCUCGAAGAGUAUGGAAAAGAUUUAAAUGGGAUCAAAAUGACAUUAAUGAGUUGCGAACCCGGAUUUCAUCGAAUAUUCUGCUAUUGAAUACGUUCUUAGGACAAGUAAGCAGUCAAGCCGUAUUCGCAAUCAGAGACAGUAUAGAGCGGUUGCACGAGCGCCAGGAUACCCAAGAACGCCAGCAAGAAACUCGAGAGCAACAACAAGAGGAUCAGAUCAUUCUCAAUUGGCUCACUCCUGUUGACUUUGUCUCUCAGCAAAAUGACUUUAUUGCUCGGCGACAAGAAAGAACCGGCACAUGGCUCCUUGACUCUACAGAGUACCAGUCUUGGCGACAGGCAAAGAAACAGACGUUGUUUUGUCCAGGAAUUCCCGGGGCUGGAAAGACAAUUAUUACAUCAAUUGUCGUAGAAGAGCUUACUACUCGCUUCCGCAAUGACAACAGCGUUGGAAUUGCGUAUAUCUAUUGUAACUUCCGACGUCAAGACGAGCAGAAGAUUAAUGACUUGCUUGCGAGCUUGCUAAAGCAGCUAGCUGAGGGUCAGCCGUGUCUACCAGUCACGGUGAAAGAGCUCUAUGACAGACACAAGAAGAACCGGACACGACCUUCACUGGAUGAGAUUUUGAAGACUUUAAAUUCAGUUAUUACUACUUAUUCAAGGGUUUACAUUGUUGUUGACGCAUUAGACGAAUGCCAAUGCUGGUCGACAUUCUUAUCGGAUAUAUUUAGCCUUCAAGCUAAGACUGGAGUAAAACUCUUUACGACCUCGCGGCCAAUCCCAGAUAUUGAGGAGAUGUUUAAGGAAUGCCUUUCACUUGAAAUCCUUGCUAGUGACGAAGAUAUAGGGAAAUAUUUGAACGGUCACAUGUCACAGCUCCCAACAUUUGUCUUGAGAAAACCAGAGCUACAAGAGGAAAUCGUGACGGAAAUCGUACACGCCGUUGAGGGAAUGUUUCUCUUAGCACAGCUCUACCUGGGCUCGCUUGAGGAUAAAACAACAGUAAAGGCUAUGAAGACUGCAUUAAUGCAGUUCCAGAAGAACUCUCAAGAGACUAGCCAGAAUAAGAAGCUCGAAGUCCUAUCUUUAGCAUACGAAGAAGCAAUGGAGAGAAUAAAUAGGCAGCAGGCAGGCUUUCAGCUGCUAGCCAAGAAUGUGCUAUCAUGGAUCACCUGCGCAAAGAGGCCGCUCACUACUUCAGAACUUCAGCACGCGCUUGCUGUAGAAAUUGGCGAGUCCCAACUUGAUAAAGACAACCUUCCAGAGGUCGAAAAUAUGGUCUCUGUUUGUGCAGGCUUAGUCACAAUCGAUGACGAAAGUAAGAUUAUUCGAUUAGUCCAUUAUACAACGCAGCAAUACUUUGAGCACACGCGAAGCCAAUGGUUCCCCGAUUCGCUAACUAAUAUCACGACAAUUUGCGUUACACACCUUUUAUUUAAGGAGUUUGAAAGUGGAAUUUGCCAGAACGACAAGGAGUUCGAGGAACGACUGCGGUUAUAUCCAUUUUAUAAAUAUGCGGCUCAAAAUUGGGGAAAACAUGCAUGUGAAGCUUCCGAGAAAUAUGCUUGUGAAGCUUCAGAAAAGGUGGUACAGUUGACUAUAAAUCUUCUUGAGGAUGAACAAAAAGCCUUGGCCUCUACCCAGGCGAUGGUAGCUCUAGGACCCUUUCCUGACUAUAGUCAACAACGAGUGCCAGUGCAAAUGACAGGAGUACACCUUGCGGUUUUCUUCGAAUUUAACGAAGCAAUUUUAGCCUUACUCGGGAAGGGACAUCAUCCAGAUUGCAAAGACAGUUCUGGUCAGACGCCGCUAUCGUGGGCUGCAGAGAACGGGCACGAGCUGGUGGCGAGGCUGCUGCUUGAGAAAGGGGCCGAGCUCGAGUCUAAAGAUAAAGAUAAUCAAACGCCGCUAUUAUGGGCUAUAAGGAACGAGCACGAGAAAAUGGUAAGACUGCUGCUUGAGAAGGGUGCUAAGCUCGAGUCUAAAGAUAAAAU